AUGAGCGAGUCUGAGCAGAGGCGGUGCCGAAGAAGGGAGCGCAGGGACUCUCUCGAUGAUAGUGCUGAAGGCGUUUUAGUUCAAAGGUCCAAGAAAUCCUCUCAUGGCAGUCGUUCGGGCUCGGACGCCAGCUCGGUGAUCUUCGCGUCGACGCCCGCAUCCAGGAAGCACGAGUUUCCGGGCGCGCUGCCGCCCAGCCUGCCCAGCCUCAACCAUGGUACCAGCAGUUCCCCAGUGCCGGCGCCCACGCCGCCCAACCUUCCCGUGCCGUCUCCCGCCCCCGCCCAGCAACCGCCCCACCAUCCCCCGCAAGCCAUUCCCUCGGCGGCGGUGUCGACCGCCGCCACUGUCGUUACGCCCUCGCCCGCGCCGGGCAUAGGCGCCAUCAAGCCCACACAAGAAACUGCACCAGCUGCUCUUCCACCGACGAUAGCGAGCGUGCCUCAGCCGCCGCCCAUGACGAUGCCGAGCGUCCCGACGGCGGUGUCCAUGCCUCAGCCAGCCGCCGCCCCCGUAGCCCACCAUCCGCCUGCCCUCGACUCCAGCACCUUACCGGGCGGCCACGCCAUGAGGACCGAAAGCCCAGCGGUAGCGACUUCGGCCAACGCCGCCGUUGCGCCGUCUCCCGGUCAGUACCACCAUCCGUCGUACCAGCCGCUGUACGCGCCCUACGCCGCCGCCACCGGGCCCAUUCACACCGCCACGCCCUACACCUCGAAUCCUACGGCGGUAACCACCACUGUACCCGCCGCCGUGGUUAGCAGCGCGCCGCCUCUUCAGCCUGCGACAGUUAGCAAGGCGACGGCAGCGCACGUCGAAAGGGAGAAACAGCUGGUACCGCCGUCUCCGAGGGGACCCAGUCCCGUUAGAGAGAACAGGGAGAGAGAGAGUUAUAGUAGCGUCAGCAGUUUGAGUCGAAGCAGCGUAACGACCACGCUCAGCUGUCCCCCACCCACCACCGCAGUGUCUUCUAGUCUAGCAAGUAAUUUGAGUAAACCAUGGAGCAAUAGUGGACAACCGACUUCCACGCAGCUUAGCCCCGCGCCGCCUAGGCCGACCCCACCGUUGCACACGUCAUUUCCGGCAGCCCCCAUGUUUGCCGCCCCCUUACCGCCCCCCGUGUCGAGAGCGAGUCCCAUGGCCGCCCCGUCUAAUGUCCUGCCUAACCCCAAUCCUUUUUCGGCCGAGAGCCUGUUCCAGUCGACUAAGUACCCUACAAAUCAAGCGGAUAUGCUUAGAAGGGAACUGGACAGCAGAUUUUUGGCGACGCAAGAUCGCACUUUAGGCGUGGCACCGCCUCCGUAUCUGAGGACAGAAAUGCAUCAGCAUCAACACCACCACACUCACGUUCACCAACAUACAACGUCUUUACUUCCACCUCCAGCUGCUUCCUCCCUCUAUCCAUCUCAGUUGUUCAAAGAUAUUCCCAAAUUGGGAGGCGUGGACUCGUCGUUCUACAGGCAAAACAUGGGUCUCCCCCCUAGUUAUACAGGUUACACGCCAGGAUUGAUGCACCCAGGCUUGACGAGUGGACCGACGCCAUUCGUGCCACCCAACCAUCUACCAACGUUCCAACCGAAGAAAACUGGCAGGUGGAACGCCAUGCACGUCAGAGUGGCGUGGGAAAUCUACCACCACCAGCAGAAAAGCGGCGAAGCUAAAGGCAGCAUAACGGCCGCGAAGCCACCCACAGAUCUGUUGAGGCCGCCGACGCAUCUAUUUUCUCCAAGCGUACAUUCUCAGAGGCCACCGCACGAAUUGUCACCGUUUCCUCCAACGUUGGCCACCCAUCGUCCUCCAGGCUACGAUCAGCCCCACCAUCCCGGUUCUCUGUUUACAACACCACCCGGUCAUUUAGGCAAAUCCCCAUUUACAGGCUCUGCCAUAUCCCCCUUCACCCGUUACGGGGCAGGUCCCCUCGGGCCGGCCAGCACUUCUCCCUUCUCCAUGUCACCCUUCGCCACUAGAGAGAGCCACCUCGGUCUAGGACCGCUCCAUCACGACCCCUGGAGGUCACUACAAAGAAGUAUACCCAAUUUUCCACCCGCUGUAAAUCCGCUACCGCCUACUUUACCUGGCCUUGCUCCACCAGGCCCGGCCCCUUGGACCAUUAAGCCCGAUCCAGUCCUGGAACAAAGGGAGCGCGAAGCUAGAGAAAGGGAAGAAAGGGAACGUGAGAGACUUAGAAGAGAAAGAGAGGAAAGAGAGAGGAGAGAAAGAGAAGAGAAACAGAGGAGGCUGGAGCAACAGCAGCAGCAAGAACAGAGGGAGAGAGAAAGAAGAGAGAGAGAGAAACGCGAGAUGGAGAAGAGAGAAUUGGAGAGGCAGAGGGAACGUGAAAGGGAGAGACUACUGCAGGAGCAAAGACUUGCGGAGUCAGCCAAACAGCUUCAGCCAUUGAUGAGAGAUAGGUCGCCGUUGAGAAACGGCGAUAUAUCGGAGAUAAGGGUUAAGGAAGAACCGAGAGUUAAAGAGGAAGAUAUGAUGGCCAGAACAGAUCCAAGGUAG